CGAGGAAGCAUAAACAGUAGAACUUGACGUGGAGCCUUAGUCGGACAGUAACGCAUACUCCAUUGUUCAACUUUUUUUUGCAUUGAGUGAUUAUUUACCCAACUGAGCAAAAAUACAAACUUCUUUAUUUUUAAGUAAUUGCUUUCUACUAAUUACCGCGGCAGUUCGUUCCUAUCAAGACGUCUCAUGAGUUCCCCGAAUUGAAGGGUGUCAUUAGUGGAGCAAAUUUAUGGCUUAUCCAGAACCAUAUGUGCUAUUAUUUGAAGUAAACAGAAAAUAGAUGGUUGGUGUUCAAAACAAAUAAUUGUAAAGCUGUAUAAAAGUUGAUUCAAGAAAGUAUCUCGCACUAGAACUGUCGCACCCAGUGUUGAAGUUGUUUGGAACUCGAAAAGUGAAAAUGUGGAAGGUUGUGAUUGCUUUGGUUUCCUACGUCAUCUACGUCCAAGGACAAACGGCCAACUAUUGUUCGACCUCGCUUUGUUCAGGGAGCAAACAUAUCGCCUGCGGAAAUAAUGGGGCUUUCAGCUCAACAUGUCGAUCAGGACGUACAAUUGUCGAUCUUGGCUCCUACAAAAACCUUAUCGUUGACAAGCACAAUACGUAUCGGAAUAAAUUAGCAAGCGGAAGUAUGAAGUUCAAACCAGCCUCUCGCAUGGCGACAAUGCAAUGGGACGACGAAUUAGCAAAACUGGCUGUCCUGAAUGUCAAACAAUGUGUUAUGAAGCAUGACGCUUGCCGCAAUACAGAUCGCUUCAAGUGGUCCGGUCAAAAUUUGGCAUGGCGUUGGGGACGUCCAGCACCAAGUGCAGAGGCUUCUAUCAUCGGCGGAAUUGACAGUUGGUUCAACGAGUACAAGGAUGCCACGCAAGCCAACUUGGAUAAAUAUUCCUCAACCAAGGCUGUCAUUGGACACUUCACGGCUAUGGUGAAUGACCGUAACACACGCGUAGGCUGCGGAAUGUUGAGGCAACCCAAGGACAAUGGUGCAGAAUUCUUCUUUGCCUGUAACUAUGCGCAAACUAAUAUUUUGAACAGGCCAAUAUAUGUUAGUGGGACGGCCGCAUCGAAAUGUACUAAGGGAAAGAACAGCAAAUACCCCGCUUUAUGUGCUGCAUCGGAACCUAUCAAUCCCAAUUUUAUACCUUAGAUCAGAGAUAAUUGAGACAGUUUAAUAAAUGGUUACAACAGGU